AUGCAAAGGUUCGGGGCCCCUUCCUUCUCCAUAGACUACAAGAACAACUGCUUCCAGAAAGAUGGGAAGCCUUUCCAGUAUGUCUCCGGUAGUAUCCACUACUCCCGCAUCCCUCACUACUACUGGAAAGACAGACUGCUCAAGAUGUACAUGGCUGGACUCAACGCUGUACAGAUUUAUGUUCCCUGGAACUUCCAUGAGGAAAAGCGGGGUGUUUACAACUUCACUGGGGAUCGAGACCUGGAGAACUUCCUGGAUCUGGCCAAUCAGACUGGCCUCCUGGUGAUCCUCCGCCCCGGACCCUACAUCUGUGCAGAGUGGGAGAUGGGUGGUUUACCAGCUUGGUUGCUCCAGAAACCAAACAUUGUACUUCGAUCAGCAGAUACAGACUACCUGGAGGCAGUGAGCACCUGGAUGGCAGUGCUGCUCCCAAAGAUGAGGAGGUGGUUGUAUACAAACGGAGGGAACAUUAUCACUGUGCAGGUAGAGAAUGAGUAUGGGAGCUACUAUACGUGUGACUACAACUACAUGCGGCACCUGAGGACCCUGUUCCAGUUCUUCCUGGGGGACAAAACUGUUCUCUUCACGACCGACGGGAACACGGACCGGGAAAUGACCUGCGGGACCCUGGAGGGAAUGUACGCCACUAUAGACUUUGGGACAGACGUCAACAUAUCCCAAGCUUUUAGUCGGCAGAGGAGAUUUGAACCAAGAGGCCCUCUG